AUGUCGGCCACUGGGAUCCAAACAAAGGACCCCAACGACUAUGUCGACAUCGAGAUGGUGCCAAAAACACAAGGUUCACUAGUAACAGUAUUCGCGAUAUGGAACACGAUAAUGGGAACGUCGCUAUUAGCCAUGCCGUGGGGAAUGGAAAGGGCCGGCCUCUUUCCGGGAAUUUUGGUCAAUAUCGUCGUCGCCGCCCUUUGCCUCUACACCUGCUAUCUAAUUUUGCGCAUUAACGAGGACCACGGCGUCAAUGGUCACCAGAACGAAGUGAGCGAUCUCGCUCGAAUUUUGCUGGGGAAGUGGGCCGAGUUCAUUGCGAGGAUCUUCUCGCUGAUCGUCCUGAUUGGUUCCAACAUAGUGUACUGGGUGCUGAUGUCAAACUUUUUGUACCACUCUGUACGUGUUCUAUACGGUUACCUCUUGUCAAUUAACGGGCUGCCAACCAACUCAACUGUGAUAUGUCCAAAGAAUUCGAGCAAUGUGACAGUGGUGGACCCUUUGGACAGCAAAGCGGAGGGUUUCGAUCGAAUAUGGGACAUCUACAGUACCACCCCCGUGAUUCUGGCAGUGCUCAUGUUUCCACUGCUAAAUUUCAAAAGCCCCACCUUUUUUACCAAGUUUAAUAGUUUAGGUACCCUAAGCGUAAUGUACCUCUUAAUAUUCGUCGCGGUCAAAUCGAGCACGUGGGGCAUCAACAUGGACAGUUGGGUGAUCGAGUUCAACAUCAAAUCCACCUUCUGCGCACUGAGUGGAAUGCUAUCUCUAAGCUACUUCAUACACAACAUCAUCAUUUCCAUUAUGCGAAGCAACAGAAAUCCGAAGAACAACAAUAGAGACCUGAGCAUCGCCUUCCUCUUGGUCACCUUCACCUACAUGUUCAUCGGUGUCGUCUUCUACAUCUGCUUCCCGCUGGCGAAGGAUUGCAUUGAAGACAACAUCCUUAACAACUUCGAGAAGUUCGACACCAUGACGAUUGUGGCACGUCUACUCCUGCUCUUCCAACUGUUCACCGUGUUUCCCUUAAUCUCCUUCAUGCUCAGAACGGAUGUCUUCAAGAACAUUAACUUGUACACGAACAACCUCGCCUACGAGUUCUCCUACCGGAAGGUCGUCGCGGUGAAUAUUGUCAUUGUGACCAUUUGCAUCCUGUUCGCCUGUUUCCUACCCAAAAUUGGCACGCUGAUACGGUACACCGGCGCGUUGAGCGGCUUGGUCUACAUAUUCUUCCUCCCGAGUCUGAUGAAGAUAGCAUCACUGAUGAAGAAAGAGAAGCUCACGUUCGUUAAGCUAACGGUUUACGUUUUAAUUGUGAUUUUUGGAUUUUUGAACCUUAUUUCACAAUUCUUUAUUAUUGACAAGUGAUCCUUUCCCAAGUCUUAGUAUAGUUUUUGUAUUAUUUAUUUUAAAUUAUUAUUAAGGGCAAUUGUAUAAUAAACGAAUCAUGGAGCGCUUCA